GCAGCAACAGACUGGAAUAAUAAGGAAAGGAAGGGGACAAAAAGUGUAAGAAAACCACAGUAGUCAGUAUUACAAGACACAGGGUGAGGUUUAAAAGCGAAAUUAGCGACAGCUUGUCCCAAUCUCAGGCCUCGACUCCUCUGGUUCUCCCUCUAUUUGUCCCUUCUAACGCUCUUAGACUCCAUGGUUAACCAACGUGGUUGCUUACUUUAACCACCCAACAUUUUCAAAUUAACUAAUCCUUAUAUAGAUCAAGAUAGAACCUAGAAUAGAAGUGGCUAAAGGAGGAACCUUUUCUCGAUAAGCUAACAGCGAUCUAUAUUCUAUUUAAAUCAACCAACCCAAUAGCUGCCACAAGCAUAAAGUCUUGAAGCGUGAGAGAGAGGGGUAAGAGAUGGAGGGAGUGAGAAGAGGAUGUGGGUUUGGCUCUCCGGUCAUGACUCUGGUGGCAAUGGUGGUGAUGCUACUGGUGGUGGUGGUACCGGAAGUGUCUGCAACUAGAUGGACUGUAGGAGCUAAUAUGGGCUGGUCUCCUAAUGUGAACUACACUAUUUGGGCUAAGGACAAGCAUUUCUACAAUGGGGAUUGGCUCUUUUUUGUGUAUGACAGGAACCAGAUGAAUGUGCUAGAGGUUAACAAGACAGAUUACGAGUCAUGUAACUCUGAUCAUCCUCUUCACAACUGGACCAGGGGAGCCGGAAGAGAUGUGGUUCCACUGAACGUAACUCGCAACUACUACUUCAUAAGUGGUAAAGGGUUCUGUUUUGGUGGAAUGAAGGUAGCUGUUCAUGUUGAAAACCUACCUCCCCCUCCCACAGCUGCCCCCUUGAAUGAGAAGAGUGCCUCGCCUUCGCCAAGUUUCUAUCUGAGAGGCCAGUAUAUUCUCCCAGCUGUUCUUGCAAUUGGUGCUUUGUGGGAUGCAUUUGUCCUCAUGUGGUAGUUAGCAUUUUUCUUUUUCAAAUGGCUUUCUUAUGAGGAUCCUUACAAUCUUUGGCAUUUCCUCAACCAAUUUGUGAAGGGAAAUUGAGUUGUCUUCCACAUUUAUUUUUCCUUUUUUCUUGGGGUGUUGUUUUUCUUUAUGGUAGUUUGACCUGAAACAGUGUCGUCUUGAUUAAGGCAGUGUAUGGUAUUAAUUUAAUCUGCAUCCUUAGAAAUUUUGGUAAAAUCAAAAACUAAGGAUUGCUUGCAUUUUUAUUUAUCAGAGAACUCAAUACUUAAAUUGUGCCAAUUGCUUCUCAA